UCUGAGCUGAAUACAUUGUACCACCACGUGUGAAGUAGCGCUAUUAUUGGAAUCUAUGGCGCAACGUUAAAUUGGAAAAUAUACAUACAAACAAACAGGUGUUCCUGUCCUGAACGUAAAUAACAGAUCGCCUCACUGUUAGGCUGGAACCUUCUCCCUGAAUCUCGAGACACUGGAGGUGGCAAUUUUUUCCCAAUCCCAACAUUGACGGUGCUAUUUCGAGAAACUUCCAGCCCCCUUUCCCACACGUCACCGUGCGGAAUCUUUAAAGGAUCCGUUGACUGUAUAACAUGGCACAGUAUAAAGGAUCAAGGAGUUUGAGCAGCAUGAAGACACAGUCACCAAUGGUAGAUAUGGCCAAUAACAACGACCCUCUACCCCCAGGAUGGGAAAUUAAAAUUGACCCACAGACAGGAUGGCCUUUUUUUGUGGAUCACAUUAAUCGCACAACAAGCUGGAAUGACCCCAGACACGAUGUCAAAAAGGUCAGCCAGUUGUCUCAAAAUGGCCCAAGUGUGCCACCAGAGCAGAGUCCUCAGGAGAUGCAGAAGGCCUUUGUGAAGGACAUGAAGCACCCCACCCUCCGCCAGGGUUACAUCCCAAUCCCAGUCUGCCAUGAAGGCGCAGACCUCCGUCAGCAACACCCGUGUUUCUCCUACAUCCAGCCGACUGCUCUGCAAAAUAUACGGGCAGAAGGGCGGACACCCUCCCCCACCCCGACGCUCCACUGCAGGCCUAGAUCUCCUUUGCAGGGUUCCUCCGAGAGCUCUACUCCUGAACCCUGCAUGUCCUGUUCGCCUAGUUUACAAGGACCUGAGGGCCAUCCCCUCCACCAGCCCCCGCGACCCAGCAGCACAGGCCUCCAGGCAGGUUACAUCCCCAUCCCAGUGAUCCACGAGAGGGCCGGAGGUCACCCACAACAAGCCCCUGUCAAUCCCGCUCUCUACACCCAGCGCUUUCCGGCUUACUCAGAGCACCAGCCCUCCUUCCACCGACUGCAGCCAGAGGACUGGAGCAGUCAUCAUGGAGCCACACCCUCUUCCCGGGAGCGAGCAUCCCCGUCCCCGAGCGUGCCCCCCCAGCACCGCGAGACUGCCGCCAUCCAUAUCCCACCGCAUAUAAGGAGCCAGUCUCCCCUCAGAGCACAGGUCAUUACAGAGAGACCACAGGUCCAGGUCCACCACCAUGUGCCACAGAGAGAAUCACCCCACAGAAUGGAGCAGGAGCAGGAGAUCUCUCAGUAUCCCCAAGCAGCGCAGAGAGAGGCUGACUCACAGCAGCGUCAACAGCCACAGAUCUCACAGCAACCACAGCAGCAACCACAGCAGCCACCACAACAGUACCAAGGACCACAACAACCACAGCAGCAACAACAUUAUCAACAACAGCCACUACAAUACCAACAACCACAACAACAGCCACAGCAGCCACAACUCCCACAGCAGCCACAACAGUACCAACAGCCAAAACAACCACAACAAUACCAACAACCUGAACAGUACCAAAAAUCACAACAGCCACAGCAGUACCAACAGCCACAGCAGUACCAACAGCCACAGCAGUACCAACAGCCACAACAGUACCAACAACCUGAACAGUACCAACAACCUGAACAGUACCAACAACCUGAACAGUACCAACAACCACAACAGUACCAACAGCCACAGCAAUACCAACAACCUGAACAGAACCAAAAACCACCACAACAGUACCAACAGCCACAACAAUACCAACAACCUGAACAGUACCAACAACCACAGCAACCACAGCUGUAUCAACAACCACAACAGUCCCAGCAACAACCACAACCUCCACAACAACCCCAGCCACAGCCACAACUGCAGCCACAACAGACAGCAAACAUCACAGUCCAGAUGUCGCCGAAACCAGAAGCCCAGGAGCCAGUGGCUGUUCCUGCUCCACAGGAGGACUUGCCCCCAAAAUCAGAAAAUGAGCCCGCCGCUCAGUGUCACCCAGGCUUGGCUAAAGUGCAAAAGAUAGAGGAGAGAGUGGCAAAACUGGAGCAAGAGGUGAAAUGCUUUGAUGGGAAGAAGAAUGAUAAGAGGUACUUGCUGCUGGAGGAGCUGUUGACCAAAGAGCUUUUGGCACUGGACUCAGUGGACCCAGAGGGACGUGUGGACGUGCGACAGGCGCGACGUGACGGAGUCCGGAGGGUCCAAACCACACUGGAUGCACUGGAGAUGCUGGAUGAGCGGCCAUCGGGGUCAGUCAAUGAGUCCCCGAUGGAGGGUGACAGCCCGCCACAGAAAGUAGAGCAGCCCAGCAUGAUCAGCCAAGCGAAUGUGGAAAUGGCCAGAGAGAUCUCAUAAUGACUCCAUAGUUUUAUUAUAGUGAAGAGGAGAGAAAUGUAAUCAAAGAUACAGUGGAAAUGGGCUGCUCUCAAUGCUCCCUAUGCCCGCCUUUCAACUGCAGAUAUCACAUAUGAACUAUACGAUGCAUGUAUUACUUAAUUUACAGUGUUGGUAUUGUCUGGCAUUCACCACAUUCUAUAUGUGAUGGUGGUAUCCGAGUGCAUCAUGUAUUCAAUGAUGAAAAGCCAUUGUUGUUGCCUUUUGCUGUGCCAAUGUCUUUUUGCAAGACCAUUUUCAUGAUCAAUGUGUUAAAGAGACAUGCAUAAUAGAGGUUAUAUAAGAGGCCUUUAUCCAUCCAUAUAUAUAUAUAUAUAUAUAUAUAUAUAUAUAUAUAUAUAUGACUAAAAUGUACCUGUAUGUAGUUAAUUUCGGGUCAUGUGAUGUGGUUAUUUUUAAAGUUAUUCAAUACAUAUUCAAUAAGAAGAACACUGGUAUGUAGAGUAGUAGACAACUUCUCUAUAAGAAAGGGCUUCUGUGGAAAUUGUAAGAGAUGUUUAAUAUUUCCCUCUUUUAUUUUGAAUCCACUACUUCGAGAAACAAUAUUUACCUCAGAUUCCGUCAGAAGAAAUGGGACAAAUCAAUGUUAGUAAAUGUUAAUGACUCAGUCAUAGAAAAGUAUUUAUUUUUGUGCCUCAGAUGACAGAGCUACUUGAGAGAAAAAUCUUAUUUUUUUCUCUAAAAAAAACAAAUAAAAACCAAGUUAUUUCACACAUA